GGCAGAUGACCGAACCGACCACCAGGCGGCGCUUCAGCGCAAGCUCGACGUCGGCGAGUUACGACCGCCGCCGGGUGAAAGCUUGCCGGCGCGCGGCAGACGUACCGCGCGUGCCCUGCCGACCGAACGUCUGAUCGUGUCAUCGCCGCGGCAACUCCUGUGUAUGUUUACCUGUGUAUGCGUGUGUGUGUGUGUGUAUAUAAAUAAGCUCCACCGUCGCAUAGUCGCUGGCCACAGGUUGUACCGCUGAAGAUCUGCGAUCGACUCCGGGAAAUAACGUGCGUUGAACGUCGCCCACGAUCAUGUCGGUGCCGUCACCGUCGCUUUUGGCGUCAACAUCGCGAUAGACGGCGGACGCGUGAGCGUGACACGACAUACUGACAGAGUUAGUUGACGAUACAUUGACGACGACAACGACAACAACGAUGACGAUGAUGAUAUCGUCGGAAAAUGAUUGAAUCGGCAGUCACUCUGUUACACGAGCAGACUGCAGUUUCCUGCUGCCCGACGACGACUUGCAGCUGCAGCCGCACGCAUCAAACUGCGACCUGCCGGUGGUGAAUGCCCGUCGGCUGUAUUAUGCUGUCGUACAUGGCGCCAUCCAUUAGCGACAAGCCGCCAACGGUGCCCAGCCGGCUGACUCUGGAACACAAGUCGUCUGCGGCCACGGCGUACCACCGGUUCAACCGGCCGACGCCCAGUGUCGCAUUCAACUUGCAGCAGCUGGAUGGACACCAACCGCGUGAGGGGUUCGGUGCCUUGCCCUGCCCACCCGUACGGCGAACAAUGGUCAAAGAGGACAGCGCGGGCAGCAUUGCGUCGAGCGUCAUCAUUGACGCCGUGCUACCGGCCACGCACGAGAGUAAACGACCGGCCGCGUCCAAAAGAGUUUCGUUCGGCAGUUCAAAAGGAUCUAUGGUUGAGACAUUGAUAUACGAUAGCCCUCCUGUCCAAGAAGAUACAUUGGAUAUAAGUGAUAUCGACGACUCUGACGGUACUGUUGCGUCCACUAAGGUCCGGGUGAGCUUUUUCGAAUCCGAGAAACCGUGUGUGUUACCUUCACCGCCCAAAUCAUUGGAAAUAUUUGGCGACAGCACGAUGACCACUUCAAGUCCUAUUCUACAAAGGUCAAAUGGCCACGUCCAAACACAGAUUAGGUAAGUGAAGAUAAAUGUUGUAUUAAUGUUAGGCG